AGGUGUCUCCGGGCUCUAUAAAGACUGACUGAACACUGCCAGGCACCUCUCCCGAGGACCGUGUGUAAACUCUGGCUGUCUGCUUGCUCCUCGGAAAAUGCAGCGGCUGCUGAGUCCAGCAAAGCGACUUCUACAGGUGAAGAGUGGGAUGCAAAAAGCACCUGCCGAGGCUGCUAGCCUUCUCUCAGCUGCCCUCCAAAGGUUUUCUACAGUCCCUGCUGUCCCCUUGGCCAGAACGAACACUUGGCCAAAGGAUGUGGGCAUCCUGGCCAUGGAGGUGUAUUUCCCCGCCCAGUACGUGGACCAGACAGACCUGGAGAAAUACAACAACGUAGAAGCCGGGAGGUACACGGUGGGCUUGGGCCAAACCCACAUGGGCUUCUGCUCAGUCCAGGAGGACAUCAACUCCCUGUGCCUGACGGUGGUGCAGCGGCUGAUGGAGCGCACGAAGCUCCCGUGGGACUCUGUGGGCCGGCUGGAAGUGGGCACCGAGACCAUCAUCGACAAGUCCAAGGCUGUUAAAACGGUGCUCAUGGAGCUCUUCCAGAACUCAGGCAACACUGACAUCGAGGGCAUAGAUACCACCAAUGCCUGCUACGGCGGCACUGCCUCCCUCUUCAACGCGGCCAACUGGAUGGAGUCCAGCUACUGGGAUGGUCGCUAUGCAAUGGUGGUCUGUGGGGACAUUGCAGUGUACGCCAGAGGAAAUGCUCGCCCCACGGGCGGGGCCGGGGCCGUGGCAAUGCUGGUUGGGCCCGAGGCUCCCCUGGUCCUUGACAGAGGGCUUCGGGCAACCCACAUGGAGAACGUCUACGAUUUCUACAAACCAGACCAGUCCACGGAAUACCCAAUGGUGGACGGGAAGCUCUCCAUCCAGUGCUACUUACGGGCCUUGGACCGAUGUUACGCAGUAUACCGUCAAAAAAUCCAGAACCAGUGGAAGCAAGCUGGCAUCGACCGACCUUUCACUCUCGAUGAUUUACAGUUCGUCAUCUUCCACACGCCCUUUUGCAAGCUGACACAGAAAUCCUUGGCUCGCCUGAUGUUCAAUGACUUCCUGUCCGCCAGUAACGACACACAGAUCAGCCACUACAAGGGGCUGGAGGCCUUCAGGGGGCUAAAGCUGGAAGACACCUACGACCACAAGGAGCUUGAAAAAGCUUUGCAAAAGGCCUCCCUGGACAUGUUCAACAGGAAAACCAAGGCCUCCCUUUACUUCUCCACGCACAACGGGAACACGUACACCUCGUCCCUGUAUGGGUGUCUGGCCUCACUUCUGUCCCAGCACUCUGCCCAGGACCUGGCUGGCUCCAGGAUUGGUGCCUUUUCCUAUGGCUCUGGCUUGGCAGCCAGUUUCUUUUCACUUCAAGUGUCCCAGGAUGCUUCUCCAGGCUCCCCCCUAGAAAAGCUGGUAUCUAGUAUGUCAGACCUGCCAAAACGCCUUGCCUCCAGGAAGCGCAUGUCUGCUGAGGAGUUCACGGCAAUAAUGGACCAAAGAGAACAAUACUACCACAAGGUGGAUUUCUCACCCCCUGGAGACACAAAGAACCUUUUCCCAGGCACCUGGUACCUGGAGAGAGUGGACGAGCUGUAUCGCCGGAAGUACGCCCGCUGUCCGGUCUAAAGGUGCUCCGUGGAGCGGUCCCUGGGAAAAGUCCACUAGCAGAGCUUUUGCCCGAGAAUCAGGUAAAGAAAAACAAACAACAGCCCACUCGGAGCUGGUACACAGAUCGGAUUAGACACACCAGCCCUGUAAGCCCUGGCGAGUGACAGCCACCCUCCGUGAGGCCUUCGUGCCUUUUCCUGCUGUAGUCACUGUCAUGGGCUUGUGACUCUGUGGGUCAGGGGCCCUUUGUGAAAAAGAGGGCUGGGGAAAAGGCCUGGCCUUGCCCUCCAGAAAUGCGGCAGAUCAGUUGUCUCCAGGAUCCGGAUACCUUGCUUAUCGUCCAUUGUAGCUUUGCUUUUAUUAUUAUUACUAAAUCUCUGUGCUGUUCUGUCUUUA